ACUCCAAUCCCACACUGUCGUUUUGCUUACAACAUGUCCCUACACCACAGAUUCUGAUUUUCUUUUCAGAGAGAACUUCAAAACUUUUGUGGUUUUAAGUUCAUUUCACUCUUCUCUACCAAGCGAGGGGAUUUGAAUUUGAAACUGGAUCUGUGUUUACUAUUUGAACUUGAGAAUUUUUUUUAUUAUUUUGUUAAAGAAGAGUGUCGACUGUGUCGUGUUAGGUGAGAAGUUGAGCUUUAUAAGCUUUUACCAAUCUGGUUCUGGUUUUUGAAUAAAGAACAGUAUGACAAUUGAUCCCUUCAAUUGCAACACGAAAUGCAGAACAAAUUCUGCAAAUAAGAAGAUGGAAGAAGGAGAAGAGAAGGAAGGUCUGAGAACUGUGGAGUGUCUAAGAGGGAGACUACUUGCAGAGAGGCAAGUUUCAAGGUUUGUAAAAGAUGAAGCGGAUCUCAUUACCAGAAAGAUGGAAGAGCUGGAGAAACAUCUGAAAGAAGAGAUAAGAUUAAGGGAGAAAGCAGAGAAGAGACUAAAGUUUCUGAUGAAAAAGCUUGUAUCCAUAAAGGGGUCUCGCAGUUUUGAAGGAUCAGAUCAAUUGAGUUCAUCUGAAGUUUCAUGUUUGUCUUCUGUUUCCACUUCAGCAUCCAAGCUAGAAGAAGAAACUCAUGAAAAUAGAUUUUUGGAGGAAGAAAAAGUUGAUCAAGCAACUGAGAAUGUUGCCUCCACAGAAGAAGAAGAGUCAAGUUCAAAGCUCAAAGAUGUUUCUUCUGAUGAAGCAAGUGUUGUGGCUUCAACCUCAAGUCAUGAAGCAGAAUCAGAGGCUAGUAAUGACUUUUCUUAAGAGUUCAAGAAUCAAGAUUCAAGAAUAUCCCUUCCUCAUAUCUCCUAAAUAACCUUGAUUGAGAACCGUUUUGAUGUUGGAACCUGAAGCUACUAAUACUAUAGUUUAAUACAUUUGUGGAAGUUCUUGAUGGAUUAAGGCAUGCACCAUAGAAAGAGAGAGGAAGGAGAAGGGCAUGUGAUCAUAAAGGGAUCAAUUAGGCUUUAGGACAUCUUUGAGUUUGGCGGUAUUAAAUUCAAAGUGUUACUAGUAGAGAUGGGGAGGACGACAAGACACGGACCUGUCUCUUUCUUUUGUUGUAUUUUGUUAUCAAAGAAAGAAAGUGACGUUUCUUGAAAAUUAAUGAUGUGAUUGAAUAAAGGAAGCAGUAUACUAAUUAAGAUCAUUUCUCUAUGGUAAAAAAAAUGAGUUACAAAGUAUGAUUGGCACUAUCUUGAAUCUUCCUAUGUAUUUGUUUUGUUUAGAUCUCUUGUACUUUACGUUCAUAUGUUCAAUCAAGAAGCAAACUAAAAGCAUGUUUUAUUGUGUUUCAUUUCA